CGCCCUCGUAAUCUCCGGUUCCGGACACAUUGGCGCUUUAGCUCUUGAUUACCGUGAAUCGAAACUGCACUUUCUCUCCAGCCGAGCUCCAGGUUUGAUUCCACUGGUUACAAGCUGACAGUCCGGCGUUGGGAUCAACACUUAACCGUUCACCCUCCGGGAUGUCUUACCUGGAGAAGCCAGCCCCAGGGAGGCUGUUGCUGGACGACACAGUUCCCCUGACGGCGGCAAUCGAAGCAAGCCAGAACCUGCAGUCCCACACGGAAUACAUCAUCCGUGUCCAGAGGGGAGUGUCCUCAGAGAACAGCUGGCAGGUAGUGCGGCGCUACAGUGAUUUUGACGCUCUCAACAACAGCCUGAUGGUGUGCGGUGUCAGCCUUCCUCUCCCGCCUAAGAAGCUGAUCGGAAACAGGGACCGGGAGUUCAUAGCAGAAAGGCAGAGAGGCCUGCAGGCCUACCUGGAUGCCAUUACCCAGCAUCCUUUGCUCUGCAGCGCUCUGCCUGUCAAGAAGUUCCUGGACCCAGACAACUACGCUGCCAACUACACAGAGAUUGCCCUGCAGCAGGUCUCCAUGUUCUUCAGGUCAGACCCCAACUGGGAAGUUCUGGAGCCUCUCAGAGAUGUUGGCUGGAGGAUCAGGAAGAAAUAUUUCCUCAUCAAAAACAAAGAACAAAGCAAAGAGCGGUAUAUGCUGAGCUGGGUGGACCUGGGCCCUGAUAAGUUCCUGUCAGACAAAGACCUGCACUCUGCCAUGAAGCUGCUCACCAGCCUCUCGAGUCCGUACAUGUCUCCAUUGUUUUUCUCCAGCACCAGUGAGUCUUCAGCACUUCUCAUCAGGCCUUUCAAUGAGGCCGGCUCACUCAGAGACCACAUUUGUAAGGUGAAGCCCAGAGAGAACUACUUGAAGAAGUACGGCAACCCCAAGAAGUGUCAGGGUCUUGAACUAGCGCACAUCAAACUGUAUGGCCGCCAGAUACUGGAGGGCCUACGACUCCUCCACGACAGUGGUUUAUUUUUUGGCCACCUGCACGCCUCAAAUGUGACGGUGGACCAGGGCAUGUGUCGACUGAUGGACGUGGAGAACGGCAUUCUGGGAGUUCCCUCUGCCCUGCGACCUGCUUUCACCCACUUCAAGAAGAUUAACACGACAGAAAGCAUUGAUGUCUUCUGCUUUGGCCAUUUACUCUAUGAGAUCACUUAUGGCCAACCACCUGAUAGCAUUCCCAUUGACCACUAUCCCACCAUUCCCUACACUGCUGUGGUAUCAGUGCUGCAGUCCAUCCUGUCCACAGAGGCGUGUAAGUCAGGGAUGCCCACAGUGUUGCAGCUCAUCCAGACGCCACUGUUCAGUGACAUCCCGCUACAGCACUCAGAAAAAAUCCAGAUCAAGGUCCCUAGCAGACUGAAGGACGCACUGAAGACAGCCAAGGAGCGUCUCGAGAAGCGCUUGCAGGAGGAGCAGAGAGUGCUCCGCCAGCACAGGAGGCUGACCAGAGCUCAGUCUCAUCACGGCUCAGAAGAGGAGAGAAAGAGGAGGAAGAUUCUAGCGAGGAAGAAGUGCAGACAGUCCACUUAUGAGAAUGAAGAUGACGUCUCUGUUAGGAACAAUAAUAACUCUGGCUCUGGUGCCAGUUCCCCUCCCACGUGCCCAUCCUCCCCCACCCCCCCACCCUCCACAGGUGGUCAGACAGCCCCUCCUCCUCCACCCCUCCCUCCUUCCCCUCCUAUGCUGGACACCUCCUCCACAUCAUCCUGCUCUGAAGGACCAGGCGGAGGUCGCACCGCGCUGCUGAGCUCUAUCCAGACCUUCAGUAAAGGCAAACUGAAGAAGGCCCAGACAACAGACCGUAGUGGGCCCGUCUUCUGACCCCGCUCUGACUGGAGCACCGUGCCACUCCCUGACAUGUGAAGACACAUCCUGUAAAAUUAACCAAAUCUACAGUUUUUUUGUUUUUUUUCUUCGGGUGGCGAGUGUAAAUCCUGAUUUAUCUCCCGCCUGAUGAAUGCUGGAGAACUCAACACGAGACUAGUGGCCUCUUCUGGUCGACCAGGUUGGUUUUUUGCAUCAGCAAACCUGCUCAGUGGGUUGAUGUCAUGGCGCUAUCCAGCUUCCAGGCCUGGAACUGCAGCUUCCCUUUUAAUCUCUGACCUGGACAUGCAACAUAUAAUGUUUCAACUGAUUAGGUUGUUCUGUUGCAGUACAUCAAAAAAUAACUUUGUGAGGCAAAAAAAAUCCCCCAAAUGAUUUUUGGUCAACACAGAACUUGGAAAUGGUGGAAAGGAUUAAUGAUCUUAUAUUAUGAGGAAAUGCCCAGUGGAUACCAUGUGAUCUCCAUUUUGUGUUGUUUUUAACCAAGAAAAAAAAAAGCCAAACAAAAAUUUGAUUUUUUUUUUUUUUUUUUACUUUCAGAUAUCCACACAAAAACUUGCUACAUUUGGAGAUACGUGCUUCUGAUGUGUUUUUUGGGGGCCAGUCAGUUUGCAUCAUUUCCAUUAAUUUUAAUCUUGCUUGCUAAUUCUAGUCAUCAUUCCAGGAUCAUCCAGUUCUUUGACUUAAAGUGUGAGCGUGUCUUUCCUUCACUGGCCUCGACAUGUAGCUCCGCGAGACAAUUUGUGUUUUAACGAUGUGAUGUUUAAAUAUUAAGAGCUUCUAUUCUUUCACUGUGCCAUACAUGAUAUGAUCCUUGUGCCUCUAAGAAUGUUUGAAUGUGUUCAGGAUGAUUAGAACACAGUACGUCAUCACUCGUGGACGUAAACCUGAUGACUGCUUUCAAAAGGAUGUUGGAGAAUUUUUUUUAAAAAACGGAAAAUGACUGUGGGUGUGAAUGUUGUAAGUGCCAUGGCUUUUUUUCAUGACCCAGUGCAAUCCAGUUCAGUGAGUCUGUCAUUGAAUUGCGUUUGAAUAUUUCUCUGCAGCACUUUACCCCAAGGCAACUUUGUCACAUCAAUAUACAAAAUAAACUCCCAGUAAGUGUUGGAUGAAUAA